GGCGGCGGGGCUACAAUUGAGCGAGCGUGCCACUGCAUGGGGACGACGGAGCUGCAGCGCAGGUUGUCAGCGGAGGAGCUGCAGUGCAACGGCCAUGGUGUUGCGCGUCGGCGGUGGAGACGCAGCGCAACAACCAUGGUGUUGCGCGUCGUUGGCGAAGCUACAAUGCAACACGAGGUGAGCGACGGAGUUGCAAUGCCAUGGGGUCGUGGUGUUGUGCACCGGCGGAGGAGCUGCAACGCAACGCGCCAGUGUUGCUAUGCAGAGUCGCCGGGGGCUGCCGGGGUUGCUAUGGAGAGUCGUCAGGCGGCCGAUGUUGUAUUGGAGCAUCGCCGGAGGCCGCUGGUGCUGCGAUGAAACAUCACCGGGCUGCCGGUGUUGUAUUGGAGCAUCGCUGGGACCAUCGUGUGCCGCCCGGUGCUGCAAUGGAGCUCCGUCGGAUGCCCAUCGGUGUUGCAUUGGAGCUUUGCCAUGCCGCUCGGUGCUGCCAUGGAGCUUCCAUGGAGGAGUAGCUCUACCUUGCACGGGACUGCCAUGGAGCAUCAAGACAACAGGGGGAGCGUGGAGCAGCAAUGGAGAAGACAACGGGGGUAGCAUUGUUGAGGGAAGUGUGCUCCAGCUGUCACAGAUCAGACGCACACGCUGACUUCAUCGAACGGUCGCCAAGGCGGUUUAUAAAUCUUGUCCAUCAUCCGACUUACGCCUAGCAGCGGCCUUUUAUUCUCCUCCCUCCUUAACUGUGUGUCACGCUUUGUCGCUGCUAAAUACACUCAUUUAAGAAAUAAGUAAUAUGGAUUGGAGAGAGUAUUAUUUUCAGGUUGCUAUUAGCUUCUUGUAACUCCCUAUCCAAACAGAAAAUAUAAUAAUUGUUUGCAAUGGUUUCUUUUUCUCGGGCACAGAUAAAGAUGAGAUCUUCCGGGUGGAGAAGUUUACGAAGCUCCCAAACGGGCCCUGCCCCUGCCCCUGCCGCUAGCGGUUGAACCCGUGGAACUUCGUCUUUCUCGUCUCCCCCAAAUCGACAAGCAGGGCGGGCGGAAUUCCAGGGCGAGCUCCUCGCCCCUCCCCCUCCCUCCUCACUCGGCAAGUCGCCGGCGCCCAGCGCCCAGCGGCCAGGCCGUUGCCCCCGGCCCUCCUCCCGGCCCCGAAUUUCCAUCCCGCGACGCCGACUUCCCAAUCCUCGGAUCUCUCGCCAGCCGUCUGGUCGCUCCCAAAGUGGUAAGAAGAUCCACUGGACCAGCACAACGAGGAGACCCAGGCCAGAGAGCAAUCCUGCUGUGAAGUAGUCAUCUAUGUCAUCUAGGAGUAAUUCAAAGAGGCUGCCCUCAGAUGACAAUGUUGCCUCUGACGGAGGACUCCGACGUCGAGAGUUUUAUCUGAAUGGACCUUCCCUGGACCGUGCUUCCAAGCGUAUCACCGAGGGUGUUCUGUCCCCUCCCAACUUGAAAAACUCACAUAAGAGCAAGGGGAGCCACCAGUUGCAUUCUGAGGCAUCAGGAAGUAACUCAAGAAAGGGUGAAAGCAAUCAUGGGAUACAUGUGUCAGCAGGGAAUGAUGAUUUGUCAACCACGCAGAAACCAAGGAAAGUGAAGCUCAAAAUUGGUGGAAUCAGUCGGACCAUACCGGCAAAACCAAACCCUGCUAUACCAGAUUCCAGGUCUUCAGCUGCAAAGCCUACACGGCCAGGAGAUUCAUCGCACCGGCAAAAGCAUGGUAAUCAGACUGAAGGUGCCAAAGAUUCAAAUAGGUUGCCCUCUUCUCAAGACAAGAAAACAAGAAAGCUUUGGAAAAUUGAAGAUACCUUGACUCCGGAACAACCUGCCAAAGUUCAGAGAGAAGCGUCUUCGGAUCCUGUCCGGAAGAGUAGAAGGAUUGCUAAGAAAUCCAACAUGGACAGUGAAUUAGAUGAGGAAUAUGGUUUAAGUACUCCUGAAAAUCAUGGAGCUUCUAAUGAUAAUGAGGGUCAUAUUCGUGAACCUAAAAACAAAGGAGGGAGUAACCCUAAGAAGAAUGCCUCGAAGAAAGACCGGAGCAGGAGCACAGUUUAUGAGGUUGAUAAUGAUUUUGUUACACCCCAAUCAAAUAGAGAUGGCAAGAAAAGGUCAAGAGAUUCUACUGAUGCUGAUGAGGAUAAUGCAGAAGAGGAGCUGGCCUCUGAUAAUGAUCUUGAAGCUGAAAACAAGAAGCAGAAAGCAGUCACUGAAUUGUCUGCCAGUGUUAAGAGUGAACCUCUCACAACGCGUCGCCGAGCCCUUCAAUCAUGGAUGGAUGGGAACAGCAACAGUACCAUUGAGUUCCCCGAUGGUUUACCAGCAGCUUCAUCAAGAAGCAAGAAGGAAAAGCUCUCUGAUGCUGAGAUGCUCGCGAAGAAGGCUGAGGCUGCUCAGCGGCGCAAGAUGCAAGUGGAGAAAGCCACUAAAGAAAGCGAGGCUGAAGCUAUAAGGAAAAUACUGGGCCUGGACACCGAGAAGAAGAAAGAAGAGAGGAAGCAGAAGGAGCGAGAGGAGAAGGAGAAGGCAGCCAGAGCGCAAGAACUCGCCAGGAGCUCCAUCCGGUGGGUCAUGGGGCCCACAGGCACGGUGGUCACGUUCCCUGAAGAAGUAGGCCUCCCCAGUAUCUUCAACUCCAAACCCUGCAGCUACCCUCCGCCACGUGAGAAGUGCGCCGGACCGUCUUGCACGAAUGCGUACCGGUACAGGGACUCGAAGCUGAAGCUCCCCCUCUGCAGCCUGGAGUGCUACAAAGCUGUCCGCGGGAGCGCUUGAUUUUGAGGACGCCGGGGUGGCGUCAGAGGUCCCUAUUUUCGCAGCCGCAUUCAUUCAUGCACCUUCACAAUAAGAGAGGACGGCCAGUCCUGACGAUGCAAAUUUGUUGGUUGGUCGAAUAAGCGAGUUACAGAAUAGUUACACAUAGCUCUGUGGGUAAAAGAUUAUGUGUACUGCACCAGUUUGUUUUACUACACCGUUGAGAUGUACUGAACCAGUGAUGUUACCGGAUGGUUUCUAAGUAUAGAUAUUACACAUACAUAUAGAGAAGGCAGCAGACAAAGAUAGCUUCAUUUUUC